UCUCAAAGUGCAUGGAAGUUACAGUUAACGUUAGGCAUCACACCACUAGGGUUAAUGUUAGGUAAAAUGUAACAAAUAACAUAAAACAUUACAAGAUAGGAUUGAUUUGGGUUAAGAUUAUAAAACGAAAAAGGUUUGGUUAAGGUUUUGUUAUGGCUAGGUACCACAGCACUGGGGUUAAUUUUUGGGUUACGGCUAUCAAACGAAAUAGAUUAGGUUAAGGUUUGGCUAACGUUUGGUAUCACAGUACUGGGGUUACGGUUUGGGCAACGUGGUCUCGGGAAUAGUUUUUAUCAUAUUAAAUUAGUGACUUUUAUUUUGAAAAUUCUAUUGGGUCUAGUCGUGGCUAGCUUCACGAAUGUCCUCCCCAGCUGCAGUUCUGUACUAUACUUAUGCAAUAACCCCCAUUUUUCCAGUAGUUACAUUUGUUAUGAAAAUAAUGACAUCACAUGCUUUAUCCAGUGAGUGGAGAAGACUGGAAUCUCUUCUGUGCGCCUGCCCUACCAAUGGGCUGUAAAUCCGGACAAAGGCUUCCAAAGGUCCUUUGUUUUUUACAAAGUGCUGACGCAACCAGUUGCCACGAUGCAGUUUGGAGCCCAGCUGCAACUUUGUCGGUCCUGCAAGAGUGGACUCCGCUUCCUCUCACUGAGCUCUGUACACAAAGCAGCCAUAAACUACUAUGAUCUUCUUGGUGUAAAACCUGAUGCCUCGCUUGAGCAAAUAAAGAAUGCCUUUUUUGACAAAUCUAAAAAGAUGCACCCUGACAGUGACCUGUCCAACCCGGGGCUUCAUGGACAGUUUGUGGAGCUGAGCGAGGCCUACAGGGUGCUGAGUAAGGAGGUGUCCAGGAAAGAGUAUGACCUGCGGCUCCAGCGCCCUUACACCUCCAGACCCACCACUGCGUACAGCCCCAGUCAGGCUCAGGAGAGUGUUCGCUACUGGGAGCAAUUCAGGCAAUCUCCAGCUCAAGAGUCCAGUGCUGAGGAGUGGGAGAGGAAGAAGACGAGGAACUUUAGAAUAGUUAGCUACUGUAUUCUUAUCAUGGGACUGAGUGUUGGUGCUCAUAUUGUAUUCUUCAGAAAGUUGGAGUCUGUCCAUAACAACUUCAUGGAUAAAAAGGAUAGGAUCAUCACACAAAUCUAUAACGAGUCCAAAGAGAGAGCAAGAACUAAUGGCUUUAAGAAGCAGACAGAGAUUCUCAGGCAGAAACACGCUGAGUUCCUUGAGAAAUACAAAGUCCCCCGCAACAGUGGAGCAGACAAGUAGGAAUUAUGUAGCAUAAGAGUACUCCUUAAAAUUAGUAGAAUUGAGUUGGCCAAAUGCCUCUUAAAAAGUAACAGAGUUGCUCAGGAAAGGGAGUGAACAGUUGAAUGUGCUAGAGUAGCUUUUAAAAAUGAGCUUUGUUGUCCAGUGUUGAUAAUGUGAACAGCUUAUGUUUGCAUGGACCUCAGAUACUGAACUAAACAGAGACAUAUGUUGUGUGAAAUGUAAGGAUCACUAUGGUGAACAUGUAUUUGAGCAACCUAACAGUUGUUCUAGAAUUCUAGAGAACAAAAAUAAAUUGUUUAUUUUGGCCUGGUUAUCACACAAAUCAUCAAAGUAGGAUAUGGGCAUUAACAUGUCUAUUCCUCUGAUUGAGAAACCAUGACUGCUGCUGCCAGUUGCCGACUUGUUCCCACUCUCAAAAUGGUUCAUAUGACUGUAGGUGGUUGUCAACUGGAGAUACCGGGAAGCUUCACUGGGUCAUGUACUGUAGAAUUCAAUCUAAGAUGAAAUCACUCAAUAACCGAAAGGGGGUGCUGUGCACUGCUGCUAUUAAACCAAUGGGAUUCAGUCAGUGUCUUUGAGUCUCAAAAAGAGUGCUGGAGAUGUUCCAUGUUCCUGAGUAUGAAGUAUCCUUUCCUACUGAAGGGAUAUGGAAAAAAUCUGUAAUAAUUAGAAUUUCUUAAUUGUAUUUAUUUUACAGGACUUCUGAGUUUUCUAGUCAAAUUGGAGAGAGAAAACAAGAUGUACACAUUUUGACAGCCAAAAAAAAAUGUUUUAUUAUGCCGUUUUUAUUAUUUUAUUAGUCACAUAGAUUGUGUUUUAGAGCAAAUUAGUGACAGCCUUAACUCUUUCCAAAGUUAUUGCAGUGAUGGAUUAGUAAAUGAUCACUUUUCCCUUGGUCUUGUUGAGUUGGUCUCUCACCCAGUUGCGCUCCCACAUGUCCUGUCAGGUCUGGGAGUGAGGGGUGCACAACAACAUGGGGUCCAUGCUCCCAAGCCCUUAGCUAAAACCACAGGAGAUAACAGGUUCCCGCAUACCGACAUCCCCCAUGAGGUGUACCAAUGCCCCCUCAUAACCCAAACACACCACACUGACAGACUCCUGUCGAUGUA